AGUUGUGACUGUAGUUGUGUUGUCCUGCAGUGCUGGAAAGAAAGCAGCUGAGAGGUCAAACUAAUGCUCAGAGGAAGAGAGCGGAGAAGGAGAGGAGAGCAAAGGGAAAACCACUUCAGAGAGACCAGCUGAAGAACGUUUUGGCAGACAACGAUGACAGCUCCUCUACCACCACAGAGACCUCCAACCCUGAUGUAGAGGCCAGCAACAAAGAGGAACCCGUGAAGAAGAAGGGCAGAACAGCAGUGACUCUGGAGAAAGAGGAAACCAAACCCCAAAACAACAAGCGACAAACCAACCCAAAGGAUCAGUCUAGUUCCCUGGAGCUCCCCUACAGCACAGCCCUGGAGAACAAACAGCGCAAGACCUUCAUCCACUCUGCUCUCACCACCGCCCCUAAAACUAGGACUCUGCACAAACCCAGACCUGGGUCUCUCUCCCAUCUCAACUCGUCUGAUUGUUCUGGACUUGUGCCUUGUGGGAAGCUGGAGGAUUCUUGUCCGUUUCCCGUGGUGAAGCGGUUGUCCAACGUCUCUGUUUCAGAGCUGGGUCACAGCAGCGGCUCCGAGGGAGAGAAGGAGUUCGCUGCUACUGAAUGGGACCUCCCACUGCUCACCAAAACCACCAACCAUGCAGACAGUCUCCAGCAGAUCUCCCUACAAACCAUGAAUGCAGACGCCUUCCUGAAGAGACCCAUCUCAGCUAGGACCUACUCCCCUCCUUCCUACUCCCCCAGCCUAGUGACCAGGGGAACAUACAGCCAAGUACUCAAUGCCAAUAGUGAGACCAACUUGAAGGCGGCACCAGGGAACAAGCUAGCUAAUGUCACCUCUCUCCCGGGCAAGAAUGGCAAUCCUACUUUUGCAGCUGUGGCUGCGGGAUACGACAGAAGCCCAGGUGGCAGUGGCGCAGGUGAAAGAGCCCAAGGGAAGACUCGAGCUCCUUUGACCUCAGUGGAGAGUGACCGCUCAGACAGCUCAGGAUUAUGGUCUCCCAUAGGAUUCAACUCUGCCAACUCCUUCUCUGCAUUUGGACCCAACAACUCUUUCAAUCUGACAAGAGUCUUCCGUGGGAUGUCCUUCCCGAAGACAUCCGAGCCUCAGCAGACCUUGCCUGAGUUGAGCUCUGCGUCCUCGUCUAUCUGGGACGCCCCCAGCACCAGCAACCCCCUGCACUCCUGGCUCAGCAGCUCCUCCACUGGCCCCACCUCAUCCAUCCUGGGUAGCAGCAGGAACCCCUGGUCCACCAGCACCCCCUUUGGCGGCUCCAUCUGGUCCACGAGUGGAGACACGGCACUACACUCCUUCACCACCACCUCCACCCUCCCGGACCUACCCAGCAGCACCCUGGGCCUGGCACCGGCCCCUCCCGCUGCCCCCACUGAGAUGAGUCGUUCCUACGACCCCUGGAGGCCCAUCCUCAGCAGCCACGGCUCAGAGCCCUGGUUCAACCACUGAGGAGUACUCACUCUUAGCCUGGUCCCAAAACCUGUUUCAGCUCGUGCCAACUCCAAUGUUGUCUUUAUCAAGCCAAACAUGGCAUGAAAAUGAUUGCCAAAGAGUUGGCGUAUGCACAAACAGGCUGGAACUCAGGCUAACUCGCUCUCACAGAUGCAUACUCUUACCUGAAUUAUCACCUAAAUUAUGCAUUCAUGUAAAUAGAAUAUUUACGUCAACUUAUGUUAUGUGAACAGAUCUCUCUCUCUCUAAAUCAGAAACAUACCAUGGUAUCGGUUGUUAAACAUUACUAAUAUACAUCAAAACAAAUAAUUUUAUUGACGAUUCCCGUCUGGAAAAGGUUUACAUGUAAUUUGGUCAGCACUUUCUAACACAAACCAAAAACCCCUUUCCCAUUUAGUUCACAGCAGUUAAAUGCUUUUUUAUUCAGAGGGGGAGAGAAAAUACAGUCUUGAUUUUAGAUUCAUUUUAUAGUAACACCUCUAAAUUUAAACGAGAAAGGAUGGAAUGUUUUUACCGACACAGGCCAGGGGAUGUCUUUUGUCUGAUUUGUUGUUCACUAGCUCUGGUCCAGGUCGCCGUAACACCCUGGACCAGAGCUAGGUUAUGCUGCACUGUUGUGUUGGUCUGGUAUGUGGCUCUGCUUUAUGGUGCAAUCAGCACGUUGUGUGUAGCAGACAUAUCAGUGUAUUCAGAAAGUAUUCAGACCCCUUCACUUUUUCAACAUUUUGUUUACGUUACAGCC